CAUACAAUUGUUUUUUUACAACUUCUGGUGUAGGGAGAAUGGCCGAUUCGAUCAAUGAAGACAUCCAAGAAUCAGCUGUUGUCCAGCAGGCAACAGGGAACGUGGACGAUUCGCUGGAACAAGAUCCCCAGAUCGAGGAAACCCAGGAUCGCAGUCAUGUCGUACAAAAGUCUAAAUGGACCGAUUGGUUUAGAAAUUUGUUUUCAUUCAGCAGACGUCGGAAUGUCGAACAAGAGGCAUCAUCGGACACGACAGACAGCCCAAACGCAGCUAGAAACUUAGCCGGACAACACUCGGACUACUCGAUCCUUUCCGGUGUUUUCAACAAUAAGAAAACGUUGGCCAACGGCCUAGUGGAUUUUGCUUUCCUAACGGCCAACGCCAAUCAACUUUAUAAUGCCAUCAGCUCGACCUACACCGAAGGUCCUGAACGGAUCAUUUCCAUCAUUCUAAUUUCGAUCAGCAUGAUCUUACAGCUCGCAACUGGCAUUUUAUUAAUUAUCGGCUCUUACAUCCAAUCGAAAUCGAUGCCCGUCAUAGACGAGGAGCAAUCCGAUUCGGGUCCAGCAAACGUUUCCGCCCAACGGCGACUACACUGGCUCAAUAAGAUAGAUCACUUGACGCUCGGCCUCGUUUUCUUUAUCGCCAUUAUUAACGUGUUUAUAGCCGUAUUUGCUACACCCCGAUCUUCAUUGCCAUCAUCAAAUAAUAAUCCUGCAAGUUAAGUCCUCGUCCAGUUUAUCAAAUCAUAAACAUUUUUAAUAGUCCCUUUUUUCAUUUAAAACAAAAAUAGAUAAAAAAGAAAGGUUCCAGCUACUGAAAUGAAAUUCUUUUAAUUGUUUUUUUUUAUUGUUUUACUUAAAAAAAAAAAAUCAAAAGAUAAAGAGAGAGGAACACUAUUUGAACGAGCCGCUUCAAUUACCAGGUAACAAAAAAAAAAAUAUUAGAAAAUGUUAAAAGGUGUAGUUUCGCAUGUAGUUCCAACACCCUGAAAUCUACCUGAACUUCUUCUGGAAAA